AUGUACAAUUAUAGUCGUUCGCCAGGAUUCUACGCAAAGAAAAUAUUGAAGAUGUCUAUCAAGCGUAUGAAGAAGAAGAAUGAGAUGUCGUCUGUCGUGGAUCUAAUAAAGAUCGGAAGGAAUUGUCCAUCCGCCAUAGUUCAGUCGGAUGUCUCUCUUUCCUCUACCAUCAUAGGUCAACGUUUUCUCUCUAAGAUAUAUGUACAAUAUUCUCCUAAAGGCAUACAGUCCAUUCGGUUCAGCUAUAUCAAUAGUGGGAAACCCAUUGAUGGAUCCCUCCAUGGCCAAUCGGAUAAUACUUACACGCAGACGUUUGAGAUAAACCAUCUAAAACAUGAACAUCUUGAAUCUGUUGAGGGAUACUACACAGAUGACACUGGGAUCCAAGCACUUCAAUUUAAAACCAACUUAAGGAUUUCUGAACCGAUGGGAUAUCAUGACGGGUGUACUAAAUUUAUACUAGCAAUAGAGGGGAAAAAAAUCAUUGGGUUUCACGGAUUAUCUUUUGAGGGGAGGAGGGUGUACUCUCUUGGAGCAUAUUUUACUUGGAUUACUCCUACAAGAAUAGAAGCGAUUGGGGGCAAAGUAGGCACGAAGUGGGAUGAUGGAGUCGACCAUGCGGGUUUUACAAAGAUACACGUACGAAGUGGUCCGAAAGGCAUUCAGUACAUCAAGUUUCUGUAUGUUGACAAGUAUGGACAUCUGAAAGAUGGGCCAAUCCAUGGUUCUAUCUCAGGAAAAGUUGAGGGUUACUACAAUGAUCAUGACGAAUCUGGAGUCAUUCAGGCACUUCGAUUCAAGACUAAUAUCAAGACCUCUGAACUAAUGGGAUCCAACACGGGUAAGAAGUUUAGACUUGCAGCCAGUGAAAUGAAGAUUGUUGGGUUUCAUGGAUACGCUGGGAAGAAUCUAAGGUCUCUUGGUGCAUAUUUCACUCCGAUUACUCCUACAAAAUUGGCAUGGCAAGGUACUGCUCUAGGCACACUUUGGGAUCAUGGUGCUUUCCAGGCUGUUAGAAAGCUUUCCGUUUUCGAGAUUGGUGGUUAUAUAACGUGCCUCGGUAUAACCUAUGACAACGAUGGCAAAGUAGAAAAGCGUGACCACGGAAUGCAAGAUGGUUACCCUGGAGAAGAAGUAGAGUUUGUGGUUGACUAUCCAAAUGAAUUUAUCACGUCUGUGGUCGGGACCAUGAGUACUGAUAGGGUAGCAUCAUUGACUUUUAAAACAUCAAAAGGGAGAACCUCUCAAAGAUUUGGAGACAGAACUGCUAAUUUAGUUGAAUUUGUCCUUGAGAACAAAGAUUGUGCUAUUGUCGGAUUUCAUGGAUGGUGGACUCCUAGUUAUCUUACGGCUCUUGGUGCAUAUUCUUUUCCGAUGCCUCUUUCUCCUGCUUCGGAAAAGCUAGAAGCACAAGGUGGUGAUGGAGGAGCUUCGUGGGACGAUGGCGGUAAUUUCGAAGGUGUUAGAAAGAUAUGCAUUGGGACAGGUGAGAUUGGUAUCGUUUCUGUCAAGUUUCUGUAUGAAAAUGACACUCACGAGAUAGUAGUGGGAGAUCAUCAUGGGAACAAGAACCUGAUUAAACAUGAAGAGUUCGAGCUGGAUUAUCCGGGUGAAUACCUCACAUUAGUGGAAGGUAGUUAUGACAUAGUACCUGGAAGUGAGGAAACUGAAGUUAUAAUCAUGCUCAUGUUUACGACCAACAUGCGAGCCUCUCCAUGUUAUGGACUCGAUGAUAACCCAAGCUUUGUGCUCCAAAAGAGAGGUCACAAGAUCGUUGGAUUCCAUGGGAAAUCAAGUAAAAUGCUUCAUCAACUUGGGAUCCACGUACUCCCCAUCACCCACCCUUGAUCAUGUUUAUAUGACUUAGAACGAAACAUUCUCCUCCUAUGUUUUCAUUAACUUUGAUUCGUUUCUCCUCUUUCUUUUUU